GAGCUAUAUAAGCUACUGAGCUGGCUCUAAAUGAACAUUAUCGCUCAAGAGCUUUAGACAAACCCAACUCACCAGCAAAAUGUACAAGUUUUUGGUUCUCGCUGCCCUCAUUGCCUGCUCUGCGGCCAAGCCAGGAGUGGUUGCCCCACUGGCUGCUCCUCUGGCCUACGCCAAUGCUCCUCUGUACGCCGCCGGUGGCAGCAGCCAGGUGGAUGUCCGCAACAACUACGACGGCACCCUGUCCUCCUACACCACCGCCCCCUUCGAGUUCACCGCCCCCUACUCCAGCCGCUAUGUGUCCGGCAUCCCAGCUGCUCCCGCCGUAGUGGCCAAGUACGCUGCUGCUCCUCUGGCCGCUGCUUACUCUGCUCCUCUGGCUGCUCCUCUGGCUGCUCCUCUCGCUGCUCCUGUGGCCGCUCCUCUGGCUGCUCCUCUGGCUGCUGCUCCUUACACCACUCCUUAUGCCGCCGCCGCCUACUCCGCCUACCCCUACGCCUCUCCCUACUCCGCUCCUUACCUGGCCUCUCCCUACGCUGCCCCCUACGCUGCUCCCUACGCCGCCCCCUUUGCCGCCGCUGCCCCAGCUCCAGUGGUGGUCGCCUUUGCCUUGGCUUUCCUUUUGGUGGGUGGUGAGGCCAAGCCCUCACAAUUCUUCAAUCAUCACUUCAACCACUUUGAUCCUCAUCAUGUGAAUCACUUUGAUCCUCAUCAUGUGAACCACUUUGAUGGGCAUCAUCUGGAUUCUCUACAUGCUCUGCCACACCACUUGGAUUACGCAGUGCAGGAAUCAGUUCUUCCUCCGCCGGCUCCUUUGCUUCCUGCGGUGGCACCACCACCUGCAUUUGCUCCUGCUCCUCCAGUCUAUGGUCCUGCACCACCAGUUUAUGGACCACCGGCUCCUGUAUUGGCACCAGCACCACCUGUAUAUUCUCCUGCUCCUCUUUUACCCGCUCCUGCACCACUUUUACCCGCUCCUGCACCCCUUUUGCCCGCCUCGGCACCAUUUUUACCCGCUCCACAGCUUUUACCAGCUCCUGCUCCUCUUUUACCAGCAACUGGUCCCUCCUUCCUACCCGCUGCUGCACCACUUCUGCCAGAGUUCCAUGUGCCCAGUGUCACCCACCAAGUACUGCCACCCAUCUUGGAGGCGGUGCCCUUUGCACCCACCUAUAGAGCCAUCCCCGGACCCAAAACCACCACCCACCGCGUGUCCAUCGGGUAUGCAUUCCCCAAACUGCUGGCCGCACCACACGCCCACCUGAAAGCCCUGCCCCUGAAUUCAGUCUGCCCUCAAGCUAAUCACACCCAGUUGACCAUCCCUAAUCCAAGCAAUAUGUUCGCCAAGAUUGUGCUCGUUGCCCUCUGCGUGGCCUCUGCCCAGGCUGGUCUCCUGCCCUUCCAUGCUCCUGCUGCCCUAGCCGCUCCUCUUAGAACCCCCUUCGCUGCUCCAUUUGCUGCUCCUUUGGCUGCACCUCUGGCUGCUCCUUUGGCUGCUCCUCUGGCUGCUCCAGUGGCUGCUCCUGUGGCCACUGCCGGAGUGGUGGCUCCCUAUGCCUCCAGCUUCAAUGCCCAUCGCAUCAACCACGCCGUGGCCUACCCAGUGGCUCCUGCUCCAGCUCCGGUGGCCUUUGCCGCUCCAGUUCCCGCUCCUCUGCCAGUGGCUGCUCCUGCUCCAGUUGCUUUUGCUGCUCCUGCUCCUGCUCCAGUAGCCUUUGCUGCUCCUGCUCCUGCUCCAGUGGCCUUCGCUGCACCUGCUCCCGCUCCAGUGUCCUUCGCUGCUCCCGUUUCCGCUCCUCUGCCAGUGGCUGCUCCUGCUCCGGUGGCCUUUGCUGCUCCCGCCAAGGUUGGAUUCGGUCUGCCCGCCUACGCCGCCGCCCCAGCUCCCCUUGGAUUCCCCCCAGCUCCGGCGCCAGUGGCCUUCGCCGCUCCCGCCAAGUUUGGAUUCGGACCCUUCGCCGCUCCCCUGGCUGCUCCACUUCCCGCGCCCCUGGCUGUGGCCCCCAAGUUCGCCCCCGCCCCGUACUUCUUCUAGGCAUCUAAGGAUCACAGGUUCACCCAGCUCACUCCCAUCCGUCCUAUUAGCUUGUAGAACUUAGCCCAAAUCUUCAUACCUAGAGCGCAGCAAUGCUUGGCGAAUAAAAAAUUAAAACAUUAAUCAAUAUAA